AUGGCAGGUCUAGAGGAAUCGGUAUCGGAAGUUGAAAUACCACCGGCUGCUAUACGUCGUGAAUUAGUUCGUAACCGCCUGGAUAACCGUCUUUGUGAAACAACAAAUUGCGUAAUUUGCCCGGAUAUGACCAUUGAUGAUUCGCCAACAAGUAAUUCUACGUAUAAGAAUUUUGUUGAUAACGAGCUGUUUCGCUAUUCAUGGUUGGAUUUGAAACGUUCGAUACCGUCUGUGGUGGACGGUUUGAAACCGUCACAGCGGAAAGUAAUCCAUACACUAUUGCACAGAAAUUCGAAUAAGGAGAUUAAAGUAAACCAGCUUGCGGCUGCUGUAGCCUUAGAAGAAGCAUACCAUCAUGGAGAGCAUGGCUUGAACAUUAUCAAAAAGCUAAACACAGAAAAGAAAGGGGCACCAUUACCUGACUCCGAACGGGCCCCCGAUCCGGCAGCGUUGGGUAGAAUGAUAAACUGUUGGGAAGACGCUGUUGUCGGUAACGUCAACAAGGAGUACGGUCGGCUCAUUCAACGUCUUCAGGUUAGCGCUUUGAAAGCUGGGAGUUCGAAGACACCAAGGGACGUCUGUCUUCACUCGGAAAAACUCGGGCCGGGACGCUGGCGUGGAAUCAUACAGGCGACCAUCAGCUCAUAUCCGAAUAUCCAAAAUGAAGGAGACAUGCUAUAA